AUACGCAUGUGGUGAACUCUCGGAUAUUUAAGCUACGUAUGCGUGUAUUUAUAAAUAUAUAGUAUGUAUAUAUAAUUAGAGAACAGUAUAUUUUGUAUUAGAUCAAAAUCAUUUUUAGUCAUUGUUUGGAAGAUAAAAGAUACUUUCUAGAAUGUAUUCGAUAGUUAAUAAAACUGAAAAUGCUCAUGAAGAUAGCAUUUGGACCUGUGCUUGGGGCUGUUUAAAGAAGAAAAAGGAAUUGCAGCAGGAUAAUGAAGAUUCACGUGAAUCGAUGCAGUUUAAUGGGAAUGAGACAGUGGAAUAUUUAGUAACCGGUUCAGUCGAUGAUGCCGUCAAAGUUUGGGAACAAAAAGACAAAAGUUUACAACUAAAAUAUAAAUUAACUGGUCAUUCACUUGGUGUGGUAUCUGUUGCAGUUAAUUCAGAUGGUUCAAAAUGUGCAUCAAGUUCAUUAGACUCGAGUUUAAAACUAUGGAAUCUGCAAACAGGAGAGAAAAUAUCAAGCAUUGAAGUAGGUCCUGUAGAUAUUUGGACAGUGGUAUUUUCUCCAGAUGAUAAAUUCAUUGUAUCUGGUAGUCAUUCAGGUAAAAUACAUUUAUAUGGAACAGACAGUGGUAAACAAGAACAAACUUUAGAUACCAGAGGUGGAAAAUUUAUAUUGAGCGUUGCCUAUAGCCCUGAUGGUAAAUACAUUGCUAGUGGUGCAAUUGAUGGGAUUAUCAAUAUUUUUGAUGUUACAUAUGGAAAAGUUUUACGUACAUUGGAAGGUCAUGCAAUGCCUAUCAGGUCUCUUUGUUUUUCACCAGAUUCUCAAUUACUUCUUACCGCAUCAGAUGAUGGACAUAUGAAACUGUAUGACGUGAAAGAUGCUAAUUUAGCAGGAACUAUGUCAGGUCAUGCCUCAUGGGUACUUGGUGUUGCUUUUGCUCCAAAUGGUCAACAGUUUGCAUCUAGUAGUUCAGAUCAUACAGUUAAAGUAUGGGAACUAGCCCAAAGACAAUGCUUACAUACAUUUAAUGAACACAAUGAUCAGGUAUGGGCUGUAAAGUACAAUCCACAAAGAAAUAACAUGAUUGCAUCAGUAUCUGAAGAUAAAUCCAUUAACCUUUACGAAUGUCCAUUAUAUGACAAAUAAAUUUUUGUAUAAAUAUAAAUGUUUCAAUAUGAAUAUAAUAUUAAACAAAAUAGAUAUUAGUAUUUAUAAAUUUUAUUGUACUGUAAUUAUUAAUAUACAAAUCAUUAAGAUGUCUGCCGAAUCUAAAAUACAGUAUAACAAAAGAUGAAUACUUAAGAUCUAAGUAAAAGACGAAGAUUACAAAAGAACCCUGAAAAGGAAUUCUGGUGUACAGAUCAAAUCCUGUAUGAAGAAAAAAAUAUAAAGGUACCCUGAUGUGGUUCCAAGUUGGAAGGGUUAAAUCUAAUUAACUCGAACUGGAACAGGGUAUAAGACUUGUGUAACAAAUACGUAAAUAAUGAAUAGUAAAAUCUAUUCUAUAUCGUGUCAAACAGUUUCCUUCUAAUGAAAUUUCAGAUCGAUCGGGUGCAUGUAGAAGGGAAGAUGACGCGAUAUAGAAACAAACUUAAAGUAUCGUACGCAUUAAAUGCUUCGAACAAUAGUAAAUUUUCCAAUGAAACUAGAAAACAAAUGAGAACGUAUGAAA